ACUGACCUUUCUCUCGGUCUCUGGGAGUGCCUAUGCUGUGAACCAGUACACUGUGGCCAGGUGACUCCUCUGACUCAGGACCUGCUGGCAAAGCUUUCCCAGGAGGCCAAACAACUGAAGGCUCACCUAGAGAAGGAACUGAGCACUGGAAGCGACCAGAACCCGGAGGAGUUCCAGAAUAUCAUGAUUUCCCUGACCCAGAGCUCCAAGACUAAGCUGACUCAGAGAACACAGGAGCUCCAGCAGAAUCUAGCCCCAUAUGGAGAGGACCUGACUACCCAACUGUCACCAAGAAGUGCCAGUAAUCAGACUGAUUUGACUUGUUCUACUAGAACUGCGUACUGAUUAAUAAUUUUCCAUCAAAGUCCAAAAGGGGCAAUAUGUACAGUAUACUGACAGAGUAUUGUUUGUCUCAUACAUAAACAAACACACAUCUCUGUUUCAACAGUUAAAUACUAAGCCUAAUGCAAUAACAAUCAACUUAAAAAUAGUAUCAUAUGUUGUAUCAAAUUUAACCCUGAACAAAAAAAAUGAACACAACAAUUUAAGAUUUUAUUGAGUUAAAGUUCAUAUAAGGAAAUCAGUCAAUAGAAAUAAAUUCAUGAGGCUGUAAUCUAUAGAUUUCACAUGACUGGGAACACAUGAAUCUGUUAGUCACAGAUACCUUAAAUCAAAAAGUAGGGGCGUGGGUCAGAAAUCCAGUCAGUAUCUGAUGUGACCAUUUGCCUGUGGAAUGAAGUCCCACUUCUUUUUAAUCACUUUGCGAAUUUGUUGGAUAGUGGCGGGAACUGUAACACGCUGUCGUACACCUUGAUCCAGAGCAUCCCAAACAUGCUCAAUGGGUGAUAUGUCUGGUGGGUAUGCAGGCCAUGGAAGAACUGGGACAUUUUCAGCUUCCAGGAAAUGUGUACAGAUCCUUGAGACAUGGGGCCAUGCAUAAUCACGCGGAAGAUAAAUGGCCCGACAAUGGGCCUCAGGAUCUCGUCACGGUAUCUCUGUGCAUUCAAAUUGUCAGCGAUAAAAUGCUAUCAUGUUCGUUGUCCGUAGCUUAUGCCUGCCCCACCGCCAUCCCAGGGCACUCUGCUCAUAAUAUUGUCAUCAGCAAACCGCUCAACCACAUACAUGUGGUCUGCAGUCGUGAAAGCGGUUGGACGUACAGAAAAAUGAUCUAAAACGACAUUGAGGCAGCUUAUGGUAGUGAUUAACAGGAAAUGCUCUAGUGGACAUUCCUGCCGUCAGCAUGCCUACUCAAAACUUGAGACAUCUGUGGCAUUAUGUUGUGACAAAACUGCACAUUUUAGAGUGG